AUGUCUGAAUCUUUGAGCAAUACCUCGGAGAUCGUGACCUGGGCAAGAGGCUCGGAGAGGUAUGGCCUCGGGUGCCGCUGUGCUGAAUGUAUGGCCAGCUUGGAACUAGUCGAAGAUGGACUGCCAUGCAGCAAAGCCUUGAAGCACCAAAUUCCACCAGACCCAGCAAUGUAUGGUCCACCAGACUCGACGCCGCCCAAACUGGAAAGUAGCGAUUGCUUCCAAGACCAUCUGGAGCUAUUUCUUUCUGCUGGUGCACACUUGGCAGCGGCGACAUCUGCUAUGGCCAGCAGCCCUGAGAUCGAGCACAAAGCAGCGGACCAAGGACUGCAAUCCAGAAUGCCAGACCUGCCUUCUCCAAGCGCAUCACAUCAGCCGCUGCAUCGUGUGGCAGAAGGGAUCUUGCCGAAGCCGGACACGGGGAGAGCUUAUGGUGCACGGGCUGCGGUAGCGGUGCGAAUGCAGAAGAAAGGCGACACCUCACAUGCCCUUCAACAACAUCUCCAUGCGAUACUGCAUGCCACCGCAGAAAACUCAGAUUCGUCUUCGCGAGAAGCAACUGACGAACGUGAGUUGCUUGAUGCAGAUACCAGCGAAGAGUUUCUUUCAUCUUUCCUUGAGAACGUGUCGAGAUCAGCCCGGGAGCUUCAACUGCAAAGCCAAGAGGCAUCGAAGGCAGAAGCGGCGCUCUCAGCGGACAACCCACGAUGUCGAGAGGUUACUACUACGGUUGACGGCCCCGGUGCAGAAGAGACAGGUGAUGCCCUGGAUGCGGCGAGCAAGCUUCAAGAGCACCGAACGCAAGAUGUCGGUGGUUCGCUUACGGUGCAGAGAGAAGAAGCAGCCGAUGUCACUGUCGACCAAGCACAACCGCCUCAGCUUGGAGGCCGUGGCCGCGACACCAACCCUCAGAACUGGAAGAGUGCAAGUAAUUUUCUUCGCUUGGCCGAGGACAAGGUUGAGAAGACAGCUUAG